AUGGAGAUUGUGACGGGGGCACUGCCAAGCGUCAUCACCAAGCUCGGCGAGCUGCUCGUUGGUGAGUACAAUCUGCAGAAGUGGGUGAAGGGGGAGAUCAUGUUCCUCCAAGCUGAGCUUGAGAGCAUGAAGGGUGCCCUUGAGAAGGUCUCCAGCACGCCACCAGACCGGCUUGAUGUCCAGGACAAGAUGUGGGCCAGGAAUUUGAGGGAGCUCUCUUAUGACAUAGAGGACAAUAUCGACACAUUCAUGGUGCGUGGGAAGGGUGAUGAGUCAGCCAAGCUGCAUGGCGUCAGGAAGUUCAUUGAUAGAAGUGUCGGUUUGUUUAGAAAGGUUAGGAUUCGCCAUGAGAUUGGUACUGAGAUAAGUGACAUCAAGAAGCGUGUCCUAGAGGUGCACGAGAGGCAUCGUAGAUAUGAUAUUGAUAUGUUUGUUGAUAAGCCAACCACACAUACUUUGGUGGACCCUCGUUUAUUUGCUCACUACACAGAGGCGAAGGAGCUUGUCGGAAUUGAUGACACAAGGGAUGAGCUAAUCAAGGUACUGAUGGAUGGGAAUGGAGUGCCCUUUCAGCAAGGCAAAAUAGUUUCCAUUAUAGGAUUUGGGGGCCUCGGAAAGACGACUCUUGCCAAAGCAGUGUUUGAGAAGAUUAGAGCACUAUUUGAUUGUUGUGCUUUUGUUUCGGUGUCCCAAACCCCUGACUUGAAGAAGUUAUUCAAGGGAUUGCUGUAUGAUCUUAGCAAGAUCAAUGAAGAAACAUUGGAUGAGAAGCGGCUCAUCGACGUAGUCAGAGAAUUCCUUAAGACGAAAAGGUAUCUCAUAGUUAUGGAUGACAUAUGGGAUAUAUCAGUCUGGAAAGUGAUCAAAUGUGCUUUGCCUGAUAAUGAUGUUGGAUAUAUAGUUAUUACAACUACACGUAAUGCUGAUGUUGCUGAAAAUGUUGGUGGUGCUUACAAGGUGAAAGCCCUUUCUGAGAAUAACUCGAGGAAACUACUGUACAAGCGAGUAUUUGGUAUUGACAAUGUUGAUGACACAGAAAAAUGCCCUGUAGAGGAGCUGGCCGAAGUAUCUGAUAGAAUACUAAACAAAUGUGCCGGUGUACCCUUGGCUAUUAUUACGAUGGCUAGUCUGCUAGCUUGUAAAGCAAGGAAUAAGAUGGAUUGGUAUGAGGUGUACCGUUCCAUUGGUACCGGUCUCGAGAACAAUCUUGAUGUGGAGAAUAUGAGAAAGAUUUUGUCAUUUAGCUAUUAUAAUAUGCCAUCUCAUCUGAAGACAUGCUUAUUAUACUUCAGUAUGUUUCCUGAAGAUUAUAUAAUAGAAAAAGAUCAUUUGAUAUGGAUGUGGAUAGCCGAAGGCUUUAUCCAGUCUGAGAAACAAGGAAAGAGCCUGUUUGGACGCGGAGAGAGUUAUUUCAAUGAGCUCAUAAACAGGAGUAUGAUCCAACCCAUAUAUAGCCUAAGUUACACUGUAUAUGGAUGUCGUGUACAUGACAUGGUGCUUGAUCUUAUCUGCUCCUUGUCAAGUGAAGCAAACUUGGUUACUGUAUUAAAUGGCAAGGACCAAAUGCCUCCAUCAAGUAAGUUCCGGAGGCUAUCCAUUCAAAACGGCAAAGAUGACGAUUCUAUGACUCUGACACAUAGGAGCUUGCAACAAGUAAGGUCAGUUGUUGUCGUGCCAUCAGCCUCUGGUAUAAUACCAGUCCUCCAGAGUUUCCAAGUUUUACGUGUGAUGGAUUUACGAGGUUGUGAUCUUUCACAAGGUUACAACCUUAAUAAGUUCCUUGGGAAUCUAUUUCACUUGAGGUACCUAGGACUAGGUAACACAAGCAUUGUGGAGCUACCUGAAGAAAUAGGGAACUUGCAAUUUCUACAGAUACUGGACAUUUGGGAAAAUGAAAUUUCUUGCUUGCCAUCAAAUGUUGUUCAGCUCAAACAAUUGAUGUGCCUGAACAUCGACCUAUCAACGAGAGUGCCGAAUGGUAUUGGGAGCCUGACAAGCCUUGAAAAGCUAUCACGUUUAAGCCUCGAUGAAUCCAACAUGGACAUUAUAGAGGAGUUGGGUCAGCUAACAGAACUUAGGGUACUCCAUAUUUCAUUGGAUGAAUGGAACCACAAGCUGGUCGAGUGCCUACACAAGCUGCAAAAGAUCCAAGAACUCACUAUCUGGGUCCAGGGUGGUCAAACGAACAUUGGUGGAUUGGAUGGCUGGGUCGCCCCUCGAAGUCUCUGUAAUCUGGAUACACGAGAGUGCUGCUGGUUCUCAAGGCUACCGGCAUGGUUGAAUCCGUCACUUGUGCCGGGUCUCUCGGAGCUCUCCAUCUCCGUAAGGGAGGUACAGCAGGCCGACCUCGACAUCCUCGGCAAGUUGCCUGCUCUCCGCUCUCUAAGUCUGUUUGUGUACCGUGAGGAUUUCGGAAUCCUUGUGGGGUUCGUCGUUGGUUCUGGUUCAUUUGCAUGCCUGAGAUACUGCGCGUUCAUGGGAUUCGUGGGGCCUGUAGUGUUGCAGCAUGGAGCUAUGCCGAGGCUGAGAGUCUUCAAGUUACAGAUGUCUGCGCGAGGGGCGAGAGAAAUCGCCAGCAGCUAUGGUAGUGGUCUUGACUUAGGCCUAGGGAACCUUGCUUCGCUCCAGUGGUUUUUGGUUUAUUUGGAUUGUGCAGCCGCUACCGAUGAGGAGGUGGAGGAAUUUGAGGCUGCGCUGAGGCAUGCCACUAAAAUCCAUCCCAAUCAUCCGUACGUUGGUAUAAACGGGAAACGAAUUGAGGGCACAGAUGAGCAUUGA